CUCUUGUUUUUUUUUGUUGACGUGCACUCACAAUGCUGAGCCAUAUUUUUGAAGUAGGGUCUACUCGAUGGUGCUCUCUUUGUCACAGUUUGUGUGUGUUUCGUGUUGUCUCGAGCCCCAUGGCUAGCUGUCACAUUUGGUGAUAUCAGUGAGUAGAUACGCAUUGGCUUACGAAAAUGGGCAAGCGGAAGGCAGAGAGGCUUGGAGCGCGACUAUCUGGCUAUGAGAAGAAGCAUCUCCAUGAGUUUGGAGAAGUUCACCCUGUGAAUGAUAGCUUUAUCGAUGAAACUCCUGCUGUACCAAAGGCGAAGAAGGCAGAGAAACGGAAGAAACACGUCAAAGUGGUGCAGCGAAAAAGUGAGAAGGAUGGAUACGCUUCGUCAGAUGAUGAGAAGCCCUCCUACUUUGACAAGAUGAUGCAGGUGCUGAGUCGCAAGCGAAAAGGCCCCAAUCUCUGUGAUCUUGGCAGUGCAAUGAAGAAGACGAAGGUUAGCGCAGCCGCAGCUGAGAAGAGCUCCCUGCUAAUAUCAAGGUCGUUGUCCAGUAGUUUGCCUGUGGCAUGCAGUGUUCUUGCCUCACCCAGCACCAAGGUUGAGCUGGGCGGGAAGCGUGAACGUGCCAAUGCUCUCCAAAAGAUUAGUCUGGGUAGGAGCAAGUCUGGUGAAAAGCAAGAGCCGCCAAAAGCAGCAGAAGAAGAGGAUAGGGAGCAGAGCGAGACUGAAGAACAUGAUGAUGAGAAUAUUCCAAGUGAAGAUGACGAUGACGAAGAGGCUGUUACUGACAGUUCUGACGAUGAGACCGAGGGCAGCAAGAAGUCACAACAUGCAGGCGAAUGUCGUAAUUACUUCAAGCUCCACUUCAGCAAUGUUCUCCCAGAAUCUGCUGCUCAAGCUCUGUUGUCAAAGAGAGAGCCAUCAAGCAAAGGAUACACGUCGUGUGGACUGGGGAAAAUGGAGGAAGCAACUUUCGAUUGUGUCUCAGGCUGCUCUGAAGAGUUCUUGGCACACACAAAGGAUUCCAAAUCAGUGGCUGAAGUGUCUUUCUCUGGCGAUGAGAUUUCAAAAGAACUGCGCGGUGGCCUGUGCCAGAUCUAUGGUGAUAACUGCGAAGAUUUGGGUAGUGAGUGGCGGCAAUUGUUCAGUCAGAUGAACUCCUACCGGGAUGUUGCUGUCGGGCUCAGGCAGUCUUCCAAUGCGGAAGAUGUCCGCCAUCUAUACACUCUUCAUGCUCUGAAUCACGUCCUGAAAACGCGCCAUUGCAUCAUGAAGCACAACGCCAAGCUAAGGGCCACACAACCUGAUGAAGUACCGGACAAUAUGCGUGACCAGGGCUUGACAAGGCCCAAGGUUCUCAUACUGACCCCAUUCCGCAACUCAGCUAUGCUGAUCAUUGAUGCCAUGCUGAAGUUGUUGCGUGAUCCAGCCGAGAAGGUUGCAGUGGGUCACCGAAAGCGGUUCUACAGUGAGUUUGGUCACGACGCGGAGGAAGAGGAAGAAAACACCGGGCCUGUCAAGAAAUCAGAGGAAUUCAAGGAGAUGUUUGCUGGUAACAUUGAUGACAAUUUCAAGAUCGGUCUUUCAGUGCAGCGCAAAAUUGUCCGCUUGUACACCGACUUCUACUCUUCGGACAUCAUCAUUGCGUCUCCAUUGGGUCUUAGACCCAUCAUCGGUGCUCAAGGUGAUAGGAAACGAGACUAUGACUUCUUGUCCUCAAUUGAAGUUGUAAUCGUUGACCAAGCUGAUGUCUUCCUCAUGCAGAACUGGGCACAUGUCUGUCAUCUGUUUGAACACUUGAACCUGAUGCCUAAGAAACAUCAGUCAACUGACUUGAAUCGAUGGCGAUUCUGGGCGAUAAAUGACUGGUCGUCUCUCUAUCGUCAGAACCUCUUUUUCGGCGACAGCCUCUUUCCGGAGUUGAAUUGCCUGAUUCGCAUGCACUGCCGCAACUAUGCUGGCAGACUGAAGUACUCCAAGGCUAUAGCAGAGGGUUCACACCUGUCAAUCACCGCUAAUGUCAUACAGAAAUUUGAGCGGGUAAAAGCUGAAUCAAUCAGUUCUGAACCCGACGAUCGUUUCAAAUACUUUGUGGAUAUGAUCCUUCCAUCGUUGGUGAAGAAUACCAAGGGUCAUAUUGCCAUCUUCAUCUCUUCUUACUUUGACUUUGUGCGGCUGCGUGAGCACUUCAAGAGAGAGAACAUUGACUACAUUCCCCUAUGCGAGUACACGACCAAUGCGGACAUAUCCCGGAACCGUAGCUACUUUUUCCAUGGCAAUGCUCCCAUCGCACUCAUCACAGAGCGUUACUUUUUCUACAAGAGGCAUACUCUACGUGGCAUCCAUCAGCUCGUCUUCUAUCAACUGCCGCGCUAUGCCUCGUUCUACUCACAACUAACCGACAUGCUCUCGCUGGAUGCUGACCCCAUGGAGGAGAGGCCUGUACGUUCACUAUACUGUGACACUGACAAGCUACGUCUGGCCGGCAUUCUGGGCACUCGCCGCGCAGUCAAAGUCUCUACGUCUCCCAAGUACAUCCACACGCUAGAAUGAUCGAGCCCGCCAGCCAGCAGUAACAGGCAGCAAUGACUGGUUUUCCCGUAGAUCUGUCAAAACGUUUUCCAUUCGGCUCUUUCCUGCGGCUGUGGUGAUUGUGUGGCAGUGUGGAUUACUUACGAGGAUUGCACGACAACUAAUGACUUGAAGCGGUAGUCACGGGCACUUUAAUCUGCACUGCAACAACCAGUGUGUCAGUGCCGAGCAUUUCAUCACUGUACAUGUAGUUUACUUUUCUCCAUAGCAGUGUACAGGUAUGCAUCUAAUCUCAUGUAGACUUUAGUGUGUAGGGAAGGCAGAGAUCUAACUAGACGUAUCCAGGGCCUGGGAAGUGUUACACCCUGUACUCGUAUCAUGUACUAGUGCGUGCAUACCACCAUCUUUUUUAAUUUAUUUUCUAUUUUGUUGCUCGCUUGAUAGCCGGUUCAGCAGGUUUUUUUUCUUUAGACGUUGGUGUAUCUAAGAAUCCACCCUGCUUUAUAAUGUGGUAACAUUGUGUCAGACCUGUGCACGGGUGUGUACAUGCAAUGCAGUAGCAGUUAGCUCUGGGCACUUGAUGCAUCCGAACCACUUUGCAAACUGCAGAAUACUGGUCAUUAUUCGAUAUUCAUGUUUCCUGUGCGCCAGAAGAAUCGACAGCAAUGAAGAGCACAUAUGCGCGCGCACACACACAAACACACACACACACACCAUCACACACACACAAAGUUACAAACUUCUCAUCAUCCUUCA